GAAACCAUCAAACAUUAGAAACAAACAAUGGCUGAUAGAUACUCCUUCUCCUUAACAACAUUCUCACCAAGUGGUAAACUUGUGCAGAUCGAAUAUGCUCUCAAUGCGGUGAAACAAGGUGUCACCUCCUUGGGUAUCAAGGCGACCAACGGUAUAGUGUUGGCCACUGAGAAGAAGGCGAAUUCUACUCUACUCAACAAGGACUCGCUGUCCAAGAUCUCUCUUAUAACUCCAGACAUUGGUGCUGUCUAUUCAGGAAUGGGCCCAGACUUCCGUGUUCUGGUGGAUAAGGCAAGAAAAGUCUCUCAUACAAAUUACAAGAGAAUCUACAACGAGUACCCACCAACAAAGAUCUUGGUCAGUGAGAUUGCUAAAGUUAUGCAGGAGUCCACGCAAUCAGGUGGUGUUAGACCUUUUGGUGUCUCGUUAUUGGUUGCAGGUUAUGACGAUCAUAACAAAUUUGGUCUAUACCAAGUUGACCCUUCAGGCUCGUACUUCCCUUGGAAGGCUACGGCUAUUGGAAAGGGCUCUGUUGCUGCAAAGACCUUCUUGGAGAAGAGAUGGAACGAAGAAUUGGAGCUGGAAGAUGCGAUUCAUAUUGCGCUACUGACUUUGAAGGAGUCUAUCGAAGGUGAUAUGAACGGUGACACUGUGGAAAUCGCCGUCAUUGGUGAACCAAACGAUUCCCUGUUAGGGUUCCAAGGAGUCAAAGACCAAGUUGGACCAAGAUUUAGAAAACUUACGCCACAGGAGAUUAACGAUAGAUUAGAUAGUUUAUGAAGAAGAAUAACCACCCACUCUCCUUUUCAUUUCUUUCUAUUUGAAAGGUGCUUUUAAUGGAUCUAUAACAACACCACGCU